AUGGCGCUGAAGCAGAGCGACCCGGCGUUGGAUGAAUUCCUUCACCACCAUCGGUGCAAUUACGCCGCGAUCUUUCAGCAACCUCAACCUGAGCCAGACGUGGGCGAGGCCAGGGCUCCUGCUCCGCUCCACUGCUCCGGGCCGACUCCGCCGCCGCGCGUGCGCGCACCUGCACCAACCCAGGUCCGCCGCGCAGUUGACCGUCUCCCGCUGAUGACCUCGUCCCGCACAGCGUCGAGAUGCACGAGCAGGCGGCGCCUAUGGUGCCCCUGCAUCCUCCGCCUCCCCGGGACCUCCGUGCCGACUCCGCCUUCUCGCCUAGCCGGCCCCGAGCGUCCGGCUCCUCCCCGCCGGGUCCCCCACGGCCCACGCCUCAUUGUCGCUCCUUCGCGGCUCCACGACCGCGUUGCUGCAUCCUACCGCGCGCCGCCUGCCGUCUCCGACUGCUCCAUGCGCCAGCUCCCGGCCCCCCGCGGCCGGCGGCGUCACCCCCGCGCGCGCUUCUCCACCAGCAGCGGCAGCGAGCCGUGCCGCGUGCCCCCUCCGCCCGCUUGCCGCAGCCGUGCGCUUUGGCCCCCGCGCAACCGGCCACUGUCGCGACUCUCGCCGGCUCUGGCUCCUCGCCACCCGGCUGCCCCCGCGUCCGGCCUCCAGCCCAACCCGGCCGCGGCUCCUGCCGCCACCCGGCAUCCGACCUCCCGGGUGGCCCCCGCCGAAUUCGCGCCCGCAAUCCAGCUCGCCGGCUGGAUGCUCCGCCUCCACGCGACCCGCGGGCCUCCUGCCGCCCGUGCCGGCUGCUGGCUCCGCCCGGCUUCCUGCCGCCCGCGCCGACUCCGGCUCCGACCUAGCCGGCUCUCGUCCGCCAGCUCCACUGCCUCCGACCCGGCUCCGCCUCCCGCGGACGCGCUGGGCUGGCUCGCCAGUCGCCGACCCCGCCAGCUCGGCCGCGGGCCUCCUCCGCUCCGCGCCGGCUUACAGCCCCGCUUGCACCCUUGCCCCGUCGCCUUCCCGGCCACCCGCUCCGGGGCCGGCUCCCCCCUUCCCCGCAUCCGGCCGACUGCUCGGCCGGCUUGA